GUAUAAAAGGUUUUUCCACGGAAUGGAAAAAAAAGGGAGCCGGAGUGUUCUUAGCCGCACGAAUCGUAAAGGCUUUCUCUGCUCCUCUUGCUCAUCGACGUCAGCGUCCCCAAACCCUAGCCUAGGGUUUAGCCGCCUCCGCUUCGAUCGCUUCCUCCGUUGCCGCCGAUCCCGCCGGCGAACGGCAUGUGGCCGUCGCUCCGGCGAGCAGCAGCCGCCGCCGGCGGCGCCAGGUUCAAGAAUGUUUCUCAUUUGCUUCCUACAUGUUCUGGAUUAAUGGAUAAUAACCUGAAUGGUGGUUCUUUGAGGGGUCUGGGAGAAAUUGGCUGCCAGGUGUCUUGUCAAGAACUCCCAUUUGGUUAUUCAGGAACUGGUUUCCCCUCGAUUCGAAGACUUUCCUCAGAGCCUGCAGAAAGGCCAUUCAGAAACAAAAAUGAUAGUGAGAUAUUGGGGGACGAUGCGUCUGAUCAACUACCAGAUGACAACUUGGAAUGUGAUGACGAACUUGAUCAACAUAAUGUUAUGAUUGAUGCGAGUGAGACGAAGGCUAAGAAUCUAAGGUCCCAGUUUCCUGCAAUAGAUCGUAGUGGUGACACAAAACUGCAAAAUAAAACCUACAGGUCUUAUCUUUUCCAAAUUGUGUUGGAUGCUCCCUCAAAUUCUCUCAGGCAUGUGCUCGAUAAGUGGAUUGAAGAUGGUAACCAGCUUGAAAGAAACGACGCUAUGCUGGUUUUGUUUCACCUCAAGAAACAACAUAUGUAUCGGAAGGCUUUGCAGUUCGUGGAGUGGAUGGAAAGAGGAAAGUUACUCAAUUUUGAAAAACGUGACUAUGCUUGUCAUCUUGAUUUGAUUGCACGGAGCCAUGGUAUUGAAACUGCUCAAAAGUAUAUUAAGAGGGUUCCACUACCUUUCAGGAAUGAGGUACUCUAUGAAACUCUAAUUGUGAACUGUGUGUUGGCGGGCGAUAUCCAGAAAGCAGAAGAAGUCUUCAAGGAAAUAAAAGACCUAUGUUUGCGUUUAACUGUCACCCUCUGCAACCAAAUGAUACUGCUAUACAAGAGGAUUGCUCCUGGAAAGGUAGCUAGCGUACUCAUGCUGAUGGAAAAGGAAAAUGUCAAGCCUUCUGCCUUUACAUACAGACUGCUGAUUGACUUGAAAGGGCGGUCAAAUGACCUGGCAGGCAUUGAGGUGGUCUUAAAUGAGAUGAAGGCUUAUGGCAUUGAGCCAUCUACUUCAACUCAAACAAUGGUUGCUAGGUUCUACAUCCAUGGUGGGCUCACAGAGAAAGCGGAAGCAGUUGUGAAGGAGAUGGAAGCGCAGCUCUCGAAUUCAAAGGACGGACGGCAUGUCAUCAAAUCUCUUCUUCACCUCUAUGCUGCCCUCAACAAGCCAAAUGAUGUGGCCAGAAUAUGGGAAAUGUGCACAGAACCUAUGCUGGAGGAUUUCUUGUCUGCAAUCAAGGCAUGGGGUGAACUCGGGCUUAUUGAAAAAGCAGAGGAGACCUUUGAGGCGAUGGCGAACGCACCAGAAAAGCUAUCUUCCAAGUACUACAAUGCGAUGCUGAAUGUGUACGCGCAGAAUAAACUUCUUUCUAAGGGCAAACAGUUUGUGGAAAGGAUGUGCCGUGAUGGGUGCCCGAACGGUCCUCUAACCUGGGAUGCACUCAUCAAUCUCUAUGUGAAUUCAGGUGAGGUGGAGAAAGCCGACUCAUUCCUCCUGAAUGUGGCAGAAGAAAAUCCUGACAGAAAGCCGCUUUUCACCUCGUACUUCUUCUUGAUGAAGGGAUAUGCGAAAAGGGGUGAUAUCCAUAACACUGAGAAGAUAUUUGAUAGGCUGAAGAAUGUCGGGUACGCACCAAGGCCACUACAUUAUGCUGUUCUUCUUGAAGCGUAUGUCAAUGCCAAAGUUCCAGCCCAUGGGUUCUUGGAGAGGAUGAGAGGUGACAAUGUGCGCCCAACAAAGAAAAUCGUUACAUCUCUUGACACCUUACAGAAAGGAUGGAUUGCAGGCUUAGACUGAAUUUUCUCUCUUUUGUUCUUGGGAUGGAUCACACGAUGCAUUUCUUGAGUAGUUUUACAGAACAGAGACUACUUGGAGCCCGGUAAACUGCACAGCAGAAGAAUCAAUUUUGCUUUUGAUGUCUUCCAGAUUUGAUUUUGUGCUCUUGGUAGAGAUGAUGUUCUGAUAUUACAUUAUUAUGGUCAUUGUUUUAGGAUGCCACUAUUAGGCUAUUAUUCUGAGUUGGGCACUUCACCUAAUGAUGGUUUUUUUUAAAAAAAAAAACACCUGAUGCUCUAAAUAAUGAAGGGAGAGGAACGAGGAUGCUUUGUUUAGGACAUUUGCUUCCUUGCCAUCAAAUUAUAGGCUUAGAUUUUGACAAUGGAACAAAUUACUUCUAGAUUCAAAAUUGGAAUUAUGUAAAACUGCUGACAAGUAUUAGUAUGCGCCGUGCGUUCUCUCUUUUUUUGACA